CUUUGAUGCUAGUUUGAGGUUGCAAACUUGGUCAUAAACUGAUUGACUGACUGACCUCAGAAAUUAUAUCUGAUGAGUGCAAGCUUGCAAUGGUCGUACUCUAGUACUUGAUAUGACGUACCCUGUGUACCAUCAUAUUUCCCAACCUUACACUUACCACACAUACAUCCCUGUGGACGAAAAUGGAGGAACAUCUCCCAUCUACGCACUGUUAAUGCUCGGCCUAGUCUUAUUCAUGGCUGCCAAUGUCAUGCCAGCCCUUAUUCCGGCUGUAGACCGUGUGUGGUAUGUUGCAGAUCCCGCCUUAAAAUGGGGAUUCUUCAUCAUCAUUAGUGCACUUCUCGUUCAAAUGCUCGGGUUACUACCGGGAGUACCACCAAUACAUGUCACGUAUGUUCAUAUGGUCACAGCCUUCCUUCUAGUCGCAAUCGUCUGGAACACCUUCGUACCCGUUCCUAGCACCCAGGUGGAAGAGAAUAAGACGCCCUCAGUCAAAGAAGAUAAACCUACAGCAGGGAAGAAAAGAGAAAUUUCUAAGGAAGAGACAAAGAAAGAAGAAGAGAUUUCACCUUGGGACGAUUUGAGGGCUCACCCUUCGGCCUUUCUGGCUACAAGGUUAAACAAGAUGAUGCCAUGGCCCUUUCCUAUGGGGAAGGCAGCAAGGGAAGGAAAGGAGCUAUGGUGGGAGAAAGGGACUCAUCUUCAAUUGGGUCAUUUUAAUAGGGUGAGACUUGGAAAAGUCGAGGAAGAGGAAGGUUCUGAGAAGAACAUGAAGCCAAAACCAGAAACUGAGAAGAAAUUGAAAGGAAAAACAGAGAAGGGAGAAAGUGAAAAAGAACUAGGAAAAGAUAGCAUGACCGCAGGCAAGCAGAAGUUAUCGUCGAAAAAAGGAAAGGCAUCAGGAGAACCUGCGACAGUAACGGCCACACCUAAAAGAGAGGAGGGCAAGAGAAACCAAGAGAUUGCGAAGAUCAACGAAGGUAAAGCGAAUAAGCAGGCCGUAGAGGACAGACAAAGACGGAAGUUAUGUAGGACCAAAAAUUUGGUGACGAUCAUUGGCAUCAGCUCGAUGAACAUGACCCUUGGGUUCCUACUACUUAUCUUCUAUUCGUUCCAAAUCGUUUCCCAAGAGUUAAAUCAUCCUAUACCCCAGGGGGAAAAACUUUCUACAAUCCUUUCUAAUUCUUCAUCGUCGUCUUCAAGCUUUUCCCAAACAAUUUCCAACAGUGACUCAACCAACGAAAAAGAGCUAACGAAGCUGAAGGUGGUGAGGGAAAAAGAGGUUUCUAACGAGAAAGUAUCAGGCAGCAAGGCGCCGUCAGUUGGGCCGAAAAAGGAGCCUGCCAUAAGCAGAUCCAUUCAAAAGGCAGCAGGUCCUAUUACAAUGACGAAGGUCAACCCUGAGAGCGGUGGUACUGGUAGUGAUGUCCCUUAUGAGACUGAAAUCGGUAUGCACUAUAUCUUCAAUCCCGAUGGGAAGGGAGAGAAUGUGGAAGACCCUUCUAUGCAGAUUCCUAGCUUCGGAAUGUCUCAUCCUUUAAUGACGACAACAUACAAACAAUGUGCGAGUUGAUGUUACUAUUAGAAACAAAAGGCUGCCCAUUGACAGAAAAGAGAGUAUGGAGCUGAGAUCACGAUGAUAAGCAUAGAGAUGAUGAAACUUCCAGACCUCCCAAGCGAAGCAGUAGAAACAGAAGCAGCAUAU